GCAACCGUCUCAACACGCUGUGACAGGACUACUUUCAAAGCAAAUUAAUCUAUGUUUUAACUGUGGGUGUUCAAUUUUAUUGUGAAAUUACAUUUAGAAGCAGAAGUCGCAACAUUCCAGAUGUCACAGCAAGGCGCAGCACUUCAAAAUUAUAACAAUGAACUCGUAAAAUGUAUAGAGGAGCUAUGUUCCAAGAGAGAUGAGUUGUACAAACAGAUCCUCCUGGAGGAAGAGGAGAAGCAAAAGUUACAAAAUGACAUCAGGAUUCUGACAGAAAAAAUGGCCAAGGUCAAUGAGAGCCUGGCCAAGAAAAUGGCCACAAAAAACGAGUUUGAUCGUACGAUAGCAGAAACGGAAGCUGCCUAUAUGAAGAUACUGGAGAGUUCUCAGACGCUGCUGAAUGUGCUGAAACGGGAAUCUCACAACCUGAAGGAGAAGCCUCAGUCACACAGAACAACGACAAGCUAGCUGACAUUGCAUGAUUCACUCAAUCACACGGACACUGAUAACUGUGCAGACAAGGGCAGAUAACUGACAGCUGGGAUUCUCAGCCUUACACAGCCAGUUAUUUUGUUCAGUGCCUUUUUCUUUAACCCAUAUGGGUUGUAUUUUGUACAUUUAUGUGUAAAAAAUAAAAAAUACUUCCUCCAUAAGUUAAUAACUUCAGUAACUUAAAAGAUAUGUGAAAUCGUCUGGUAAGUGUAUUCAUCAUGUACAGUGACAUAUUUCUUUUCGUUAUUGUAAUUGAUUGGUCAUGUGAUCUUGAAAUUUUCAUCGCCACAAGAAUAGUGGAGCUACCUCAGAGGUAACAUUGUAUUGUAGACGGUAUAAAGGUUCCAACAAAAGUCUUUAUUCUUCCUAGAUUUACUGAAUAUGACCUAAAGUUUCAUCAGCUCAUUUUACCUGAGUUCUUUUGAUCAUACAACAGUGUUUUUUUUUAUUUGGAAGACAGAAUGAUAUCCUGCUUGUACUGGGAAAAUGUAGAUUACAGCAAGAAAAGUAAUAUUUUCUGACCUGCAUGUAUUUAUGCCUAUAUAAAUGCACGUUUUGGGCAAAUUUUUAAGGCAGAUACAGCACUUGGUUGAGUAACCGGGAUAAGCAUGAACGUUGUUGUUCAUUCUGUAAUUCUUCAACCAAUUAGCAAGUUUGCAAGGUGUUCAUUCAAGCGUACUUUGGUGUCAUUAUUCUGUGUAGAGUGAUAAACGUGUAUUUUUUGUGAAGCCCUAAAAUUGGCCAACCCACCCAGUGUAGUCAUGCCUCCAAAAUUGAAUUCAAAAGGUGCAUAAAUGGCACAGAUGCUUGCUCAUAUGUGAACAGAUUAGAAGAAUUAGGGCAAGUAUAAUCAAGGUUGUCAACUGUAGCCGUUCAUGUUUACGAGCUAGCACUGUAGUAUGUCGUCCAAACUUCCUGUUUGGAAGUGAAUUAGAAUUAAUCUUAUUUAGAGAACAUUAGCAAACUGUCAUCAGCAUCUUUUUAAUUUUAUUAUGAUCAUGUCUAUCAUGUAUAUAUUCUGUGAAAUAUAUUUUGUUA